UGAAGAAAAAUGUGUUUGAAAAUGGCUUUAACGUGAACUGGUAAUAAGGUGCAUUGUGUAUUUGGAUGAACCUACGCCUGUUAUUGAAACAUGGUCCUAAGAACUAAGCUAAAUCUGAUAUUUUGGAUACAUCUUGUACUGUUGUUUAUUGACGGUCAAUGUCAACUAAAUCUCAGAAGAGUGAAUUGCCAGUGGUACUCUAGAGAAUGGAUCACGAGGAAUAACUGGCGUAGUACUGGACAAUGUGAAAUCCCUAUCAGAGCAUGGGAAUCUUCUGGGCCAGUGGGACCUAAAGGUGACAAAGGAGAGCAAGGCAAUCCUGGAAUGCCCGGACUGAGUAUAACGAGGUCAAUUCAAGGACGAAAGGGGGAACCCGGAGAAAGAGGACCUCCCGGAAAUCCAGGGGGAAAAGGGGAGUGGGGUCAAAAAGGGGAUCCCGGAAAUCCCUCCUUUAUAAGCGAAAGAGAAUUUAAAAUUCUUCAGGAUCAAGUUAAUAAACUUAAGAAGAAAACAAACAUCGAUGAUUCUAAAGCUCAGGGGCCAAAGGGCGAUAGAGGUCAUAAAGGUGACACAGGUCAAAAAGGUCAACGUGGAGAGAAGGGCGAGCCAAGUAAAUGGAAUGAUAGAAUUUCAAAGGGAGAGAAAGGUGAACCAGGAGCCAUUGGCCCAGUGGGACCCCAGGGACCUAAAGGAGAGCCAACAGAAAGCGUACCAGCAAUACUGACGGCUGAAGAUGUAACCGACAUACUGAACCGAAUCCAAAUACUUGAAAGAAAAAUGAAAGAGUGCUCGUGUGGAAAACUUCCAACAGUGAACAUGACCGUUUCUCCUCCACCACUUCCGGUUGGUGACUCUCUUCGCCAGAAGUUGCUGAAUGAAUUGAGAAUCAGCAAUGACGGUGAAUGUGUCAGUUACGCUCUACAGUACUACAGCAAAUGUUCGGAGAAAUAAUGAUCAAAAGAAAUAUUGUAAAAAUGUCAUAUAUUGUGUAGAAUGUCAAUACAUGUUUACAAUUAAACAUAAA